AAAAUAUUAAAGUAACAAAUUCUGAGACCAUAAUUAUGAUAUAGGAUUAGAAUUUAGAUGGUUGUUACUGUUAGUAGUUAGUUCAACCAUAAUUAUUGUAGAAAGAAAAAAAAAUUAAGAGCAUCAGCUCAGACCAUUUCGGAAGAACCAACCUAUCUUCCUUCGCUAGCUUCCGCUCUUCUCCGUGAGUCCAUGAACCCCUCCUCACUCCAUCGCCUCGACAGGACCGCAGCUCCCCAACUGGCAGAAAAGAAGCUAGUGUUACAGCUUGGAAGAAAAUAAGGAGUAGAUGAAAAACCAAGAAAGUUAUGUGCCACCCUCUUAUGUUCCUCUGGGGCAGUCAGAUUCCGAAGCAGAUGUUGUUUCACAAGAUAUAGAUCCUGCCUUGCAUAACCCUAUCAUUGAGGGGUCAUUACAAUGGUCUUCUGGAAUCUGUGCAUGUUGCGAUGAUAUGCAGAGCUGCUGUAUAGGCCUUUUUUGUCCAUGCUUUCUUUUCGGAAAAAAUGCUGAAUUUCUGGGCUCUGGAACUUUAAUUGGAUCAUGCACAACCCAUUUUAUAUUGUGGGGACUUGCUAGUACUGUCUGCUGCCUAUUGACUGAUGGCCUUCUGUUGGGUUUGCCUGUGUGCUUUGUUGCGUGUUAUGCAUGUGGCUACCGCAGGGCUUUAAGAUCAAAGUAUAAUCUACAGGAAGCGCCGUGCGGAGACUAUGUCACUCAUCUUUUUUGCCAUCUGUGUGCUAAUUGUCAAGAAUAUAGGGAGAUUCGAGAAAGAGCUGGUUCCAGUACUCCUGAUCUUAACCUUGCCGUUGUUACUGCUCCUCCGGUCCAGACGAUGGUUUCAGUCUCUGAGAAUAACACAAAUGCUUAGGUACUAAGAUCAGCAUUUUGGCUUGGGAUUGUAUGAUUUUAUCUUGUCUAUUAUCACAUAUUUCUGACUAUUCUGAAUCUGUACAAUAGGGUAAUUUUUGAAUUACUUGUGCCCUUAGAUUCGAUUGAAUGAAUAGAGUUAGUAGAACUCAUCAGAGCCCAUAUUUGAGUGAGGUAUCAUUUCUCUAGUUCUACUUCAUAAAUAUGUAAUAACAGACUUUUAUAAGAAGCUUUUGAAACAUGACUUUUAAAGUUUGGCAAA